UUGUUUGUUAGAUGAGGAAAACUGAACGUUUUAUUACAGACACGGAUUACCCAAACUCAAAAUGGAUUGGUUUUUUAUCAGAUUUGUUUCUCGAUACUACCUGGAGUAGCUUUAGAGAUUCCCAUUAAUCGAAAUGAAUCCCAGGGAUUUGCGUCUGUGUUCAUUCAAAUUCACGAUCCUCCACUAGAAGCACUCGCGUGCCCUACAUCUCCCCUGACCCCGCCUGCUCGGGCCAGCACGGUCCGCCCAGACUCCGUGAGUAGCACCCACGACCAACGAGAAGCCGACCGGGAACAUCUCCGGAGCUCUUUGUCAGGACAAACAAGUGCUUUAUAUUCCCGACUGAGCUCAAGUGUGCAGGGCUUGAUCGAUAGGACUGGAAUGUGGCUGUUUCGCCGGAGGUUAGACUGUCGGACGAGCGAAACCAAAGCACGGGACCUGGAUCUGGGAGAAGCAGGAUGCUGAACCUCGAUCAGGGUAGAUUCAUGUGGACACGAGGUGUACCCUGAUUUCCCAGCCCCUCCCCCUUCCCUCAGUCACCCCUUCCCUACAACCUGUUCGCUCCGUCCAGUGCACUACGGUCACCAUGACGUCCACCUUGCAGACCUUAGCCUUUAAGCUGGCCCCUCCCUCAAGAGAAGCUGGCCCAGAGCAAUUGGAGCCUUGUAACGAUGUAGCGGGACGACGUUAUGAGGUGGUCCCCUCGGUGGUCUGCUCUAUGUGCUGUCUCUUCGGAAUCAUCUAUUGCUUCUUUGGUUACCGCUGUUUUAAGGCUGUACUCUUCCUCACGGGUCUGAUGUUCGGCUCCGUGAUCAUCUUCCUGCUCUGUUACAAGGAGCGAGUAUUGGACACACAGCUGAGCGUCGAGGCCAGCGUGGGCAUCGGGCUGGGCAUCGGCACCCUGUGCGGCCUGGUGACUAUGCUAGUACGGAGCGUUGGGCUUUUUAUGGUGGGGCUGCUCCUGGGCCUGCUGGUGGGCAUCGGGACCCUGAUAGGCAUGGAGGAGCUGUCGUCCAACCCCCCGCGGUCAGUGUGGGUGCCCCUGGGCGUGCUGCUGGGGCUGGGCAUGCUGUUCGCCGUCCUCACCCUACAGUGGCAGAGAUGCUUCACCACGCUCUCCACGGCCGUGUUCGGGGCCGCGGUGAUAGUCGUGGCCACGGAUUAUUUCGUGGAGCUCUUUGCACUUGUGAGGUACAUUUACGAGCGGGUGAAAACGGGCCCCCGGGAGCCGGUGUGCUGGACUACGUGGGUGGUCCUGGGAGCCUGGCCUGCUCUCGCCCUGCUGGGUGUUUUGGUGCAGUGGAGAGUGACGGCAGAGGGCUACUCCCACACGAAGGUGAUGAUCAGUCGUCAGCAGCGGCGGGUUCAGCUCAUGCGUAUUCGUCAGAAGGAGGAGAGGAGGGAGAGCAGCAGGAAGAAGAAGAGGAAGCAGCCGCAGAACUCACACCACACACAUGCUGCCAAAGCCCUGCACCCGGAGCCUGCCUACCGCAGGAAACCCAACCCUAUACGACGCUUCGAUGGAGAUGUACUUUCUCCUAGCUACAUCCAGAGUUUUCGGGACAGACAGGUGGAUGGACGUGCUUAUCCAGUGGGCGGGCUGAUGGCUUCGGGUCACACAAGUGUGGAUAUGGACUAUGACUGUGGCUCUACCGUCCCACUCACUUCUGGGGUUGGACCACAUGUUCGGGUCUGACCACACUCACUUAUUCACAAAUAAACGCGCACACACACACACACACACACACAAAUCCGGUGCUGACCUGACCUGACCUUUGGUACCGCACGCACAGAGGCUUGGGUCUCCUCGGAACCGAACAAUUAAAGCACUUCUAACUAUAAUACCGUGGUUGUAUUAAAGAGCUGCUUUCACACACACACACACACAUAAUUACACUAAUACACUUUACCUGAACAUGUGCCUGAGAUGUGGCAUUCUGUUCACCUAAUAUUGAAACCAUCAUAAGGUCGUCAAAAAAAAUAAUAAUCUGGGUUCCAUUCUGUCAAAUUAUUUUCUAAAAACGUCAGUGUGGUGAAUUAGCGUGUUGCCCGUUCAUCAGUGUUCAUCAACGAUAUUACGUUUCUGUUUGUUUGUGACAAAUUCAUCAGUAUGGUGCUGAAUCUCGUCUUUGUACAAUAACACUGACUCAUUUCGAAGUCAGCCGCCCACCCCUCUCAUAGUAAUGUCUGUGGAUUCCUCCAGUCAGUGUCCGUACUGUGAGAUCCCGCAUUCUGGCCCAGGACCGUACCAAAUACUGCUGAGCAGGGGUGCCUUCGAGACACCAGUAAGAAACUCUCUCAGGAGAAUAUAACUCCUUAGCCUUGUUUCAGAAAGGCUGUAGGGCAAAGAGCCAUAUUACUGCUGAUCAGAGCCACCUGGUCCACUCUGGGAUGCAGAGCUGAACACCUGGUGAUAAAACGAACGAGGACGAGUCAAGAUGGUGGAAAAAAAGUGAAGAUGUUACUCAGGGACGGUGUGAAUGUUGUGUUGUAUUGGGGGAAGAACUACAGAGGACAAGGACACAGAACGAUGAUGCAAAAACUGUAGGUUUGUCACCAUGACUGUUCAGUUACUGCUGUGUAUAAAACUAGUUUGCAGUGCCAUGCAAGUGAACAUUUAACAACAUCCUUCUAAAAAGACCCCCGCAAUCCCUUGGGGCAAACUGCAUGACAUAAACACCCCCAUUUUUCUUUCCACAAUGCGUUUUCAUGCCCAUCUUCAUACAAAUAAUUGAAAUGAGCAGAUUCUGCCAUGGUGUCUUUCUCUAUUAAAUUCUGCAAAGCAGAAAAGUCUAUGUUAUGUACAUAUAAUGCACAUUUAGUAUAUCCAUUUCAACAUGGCCUCUCAUAUUUAUUAGAUAUUGGUUUAAUUCUAAUUAAUUGUUUUUCAAAGGAUUUUGAGUCCUGACAGGUGAAUGGAUGGUGGUAUUUAUUAGUUUGUUUAAUUUGAUCGGUUUUACAUGCCGAGUAAUGUUUCUUUAUAACUUACUUUCUGAUAACGGAGCAUAGUCUUAAAGACAAGAAGUCCUCAUGCAAUGAAACCUUUGACAAUCUGACAUCAGCUUUUUUGUUUUUCUUUUUUUCUUUUUUGACACUGUACAACAGCAUGUGUUUGUAUGGGCCUGGUUAUUAUAGUAAAGUUUGUGAAUUCACUGUC